AUGAGUUCAAGCAAAAAGGUCCCCGAUGUUUGGGACGAUGAAGACUGGGAGGUCCAAGCCGACCGGCUAGCGAAGGAGCCCCCAGAGCCUGACCCAGAGCCACGACGUUUGACACGUGCCGAGCUCAUGGCCAAGCAUGCUGAGGAGAAUCGCAGGCUAUGGGAAGAAGCCGAUGCUCCCCAAGAACCACCAGUCUUUGUCUCGGUCAAUGACAACCUUCCCCUCACCACGCCUUUCAAACAACCAAUCAAAGUUCUUAGUCGCAAGCCAACGCCACACGUCAUCUCUCGAAAAGAUCCCAUCACGGGCAUGCCGCAGGAAUCGCCCGAGGAGAUCAGGCAACGCCAGCAGCGCGAGCUUGAAGAGAAGCAGCGGCGCUAUCAAGAAGCGCGGGCCAAGAUCUUUGGCGAGUCGAACCCAUCAUCGGGACAGUCUUCCCCUGGCAGCGUUACUCCUCCGGAGGGACGGCUGGGAGGGAGUCAUGGUCAUAGGGGCCGGGGUCGGGGCCGUGGUGGUCGUGGCCGCGGCGACCGUGACCGCGACAGGGAUGGCGGGCGCCAGGACCGCAGACAGACACAGUUGGGUGGUGAAACAAGAGAGCUGUAUGAUCCCAAAAAGGGUGGCUACAGUGUCCAGCGGAGGGGCGACGCAUCCCCUCAUCAGGGGAGUGGAUCGAGAGUUCCUAAAGAUGAUACCCAGCCAAUUCGUUCACCGAGGGGUCCAGACGGCAGUGGGAGAGGAUUCGGCUUCGCCAGGCGCGGAAGAUCAGAAGCGGGCUGA